UAUACGAAAAUGUCCUCUCCACUAAGGCUUCGUUACACUUCCUUAAUAAUACAAGUAUAUACCAUGAAGUUUAAUAGCAUUUCUAUUUCAAUACACUUCCCUGUUGUUUUUACAUAUACUUCAUGAAUGAGUUUACAAGAUAUUCAAAAGUACACGUAUAACAGUACAGGUCAUGUAACGUGUAGUUAUUUCGUGAUUUAAUAUCUCAUAAAAUGGGCAACAAAUUUCUCAGUCAGCUGCUACUGCAAGUGAUUUUUGUGGUCUUUCAUUGGCAAAUAACAAAUUCAUCUGAAAUUGGAAAAUGCUCAAAUGUGUCGAAUGGGGAAUCACUGAAAUGCUGCAAGAAUUACCGACUAGUAAGUGCCACUUGUGAAGAAUGUUGGCCGGGGACGUUCGGAGAAAACUGCAAGGACAACUGCCCAUCUGAUCAUUACGGCAAGUUCUGCAAAGAGAUAUGCCAGUGCACACCAUGUGACAAGGCCCUAGGCUGCUUACGUCAGACAGCAUCCUCUUCUAUCGACUCUGACGACAGCCCACCCGUUUGGGACUGGUCCAUUACAUUCAUAUGUCUGUCCGGAGGCUGUGUACUUUGUGUAGGUGUGGGCUUGAUCAUCUUUUGGAAAUCAAGAAAAAGACAUCCAAGGCACAAUGGAGACUUGGAAAUUAAAGGAACCAGUGCCAACGGACGCUCUCAUCAAACUGCAGAGGAGUCCUCGAAGUGUCAGAAGAAAGUUUUGUUCAACAACUUCAAAGCAAAAAAUAUUGAUAUAAAACUCUGCUCAUCAAACCAGGGAAAAGAGGGUAACGUCUACGGCCACCAUAACGUAGCCUUGGAACAAUACGACACCCUAGAUCUUAAAAUCAAAGCAAACACCGAUUAUUGGGCAUAGUUCGUUUCCUUAUAGUGUCCCAAUGAUCAAUUAAAACCUAUUAGCAAGGUUUUUAUAGUUUGCCUCAUGAAUCGUAGAUUCGGACCAGAGAACAAUUUUAACUAUCUUUAACAAUGGAUUUUAAUACAGACCUGUUUGUUUUUUAAUUCUUAUGAGGCAGAAUUUAUCCAUAAGUUUCUAUAUGAGAAGAGGAAAUCUUUUCCUGUGGCCUUUAACUCAACAUUUCGAUAUAUCGACGACGUUUCAUCUGUUAACAAUGAUCAUUUUCUUUCAUAUGUUGAUUAGACCGAUAUAUCCCUGUGAACUCGAAAUAAAAGACUCCACAGAGUCCUCCACAUCUGAUUUGUACUGUACGUAGAUAUUCUAUUGAAAAUAGAUACUAACAGCAAACUAACCACUCAACUUCAUGACAAACUUUAUUUCAACUUUUCCAUAGUCAACUUCCCAUAUCCCAUUAUCACCUGUAUAUUUGUGUUUAUAUCUCGCAGUAGAUUAUAUUUGCAAAAGCUUGUUCUGCGCAUGAUAAAUUUUCAAAUCGAGACAAUGUACGCACAAUCAAGUUGAUGCUACGGGGGUUUCAACAGUCUCAUUUAAAUUUAGCAUUUCGCAAAUUCUAUGGUCGUUAUAACGAUCUAGUUUGCCAAUACAACCUACAAUGUAUCAAAUGUUGUCUGACGAGUUUCAUACCGUUUGUUAUGCCGUUCUUGGCACACUGAUUUUCAGGGAUUAUUCCGUCUACCUGAUCAAGAUAUAGGGCUCACGGCGGGUGUGACCGGUAGACAGGGAAUGCUUACUCCUCUUAGGCACAUGAUUCCACCUUUGGUAUAUUCAGGGGUCCGUGUUUGCCCAGCUCUUAAUUUUGUAUUCCUUUUCAUUGAUGGCCAUAAACGUACAACCAUAAAUGAGUAAUCUGUUAUUUAUUCUACUAUACAUAAUUCAUUGAAAACAACAACUUUUCUUAAUUAUUAUCAUUAUAAGCUCAUUAAGAUUCAGUUACUGGAAUCUUUUACACUAAUAAUAACACACAGGUUAUGGUGCUAGUGUUUCUUCCCCUUGAACAGUCCUACAUAUUAUAUGACUGUGACCACACUCAGUGUUUUCAUUCCAUUCUUACAAAGGAUCAUACAAGAAAAUGAAAUUACUCCUAUAAGCAAUACAAAAUAGAUAGAUGGACAAACACGGACUCCUGGACACAACAGAGGUGGGAUCAGGUGCGUAGGAGGAGUAAGCAUCCCCUGUCGACCGGUCACACUCGCCGUGAGCCCUAUAUCCUGAUCAGGUAAACGGAGUUAUCCUCAGUCAAAAUCAGUGUGCUAAAAUGUUAAAAGUUGGUGUUAUGAAACAUUAGUCAUAUUUCUGCAAUUGUUUGUAAAAGGUUUAAAAAUCAUGAAUAGAAUUUACGUCAGAUAUUUUGUAAUAAAAGAACUAGAUUUCAUAAAACUUAGAGCAAAACUGAGUUUAGUUUGAUUGUUCAAACAAAUGAUAUUUUCCAAUUAAAUACGUCUAUAGUAUAAAACGUGAUUGUUUUUUAUGUAUUCAUAAUCUAUAAACUAUUUCAUUUUCUCAGUAAAUGAUCUUUAACUGCUUUUUGCAUCGUCAGUUAUUAGAUGAAAAUAGCAUUUUAAAAUAUUUCUAGACCUUCAUUAAUGUAUUGAUAUUUGAUUUCUCUACAAGUAUUCUGUAUUUGAUUUUGUAAUGUAUUGAUAUUUGAUUUCUCUACAAGUAUUCUGUAUUUGAUUUUGUAAUGUAUUGAUAUUUGAUUUCUCUACAAGUAUUCUGUAUUUGAUUUUGUAAUGUAUUGAUAUUUGAUUUCUCUACAAGUAUUCUGUAUUUGAUUUUGUUUAUACAUACUUUGUAUCCUACUAUCAAAACUAUGUGAUAUUCGAUUUGGGGUAGAAUCCUACAUCAUUUCUUAAAUUUCAGAUAUGUUUUUCCACAUGAUGUUUAUUUUCCUUAUUUCUACUCGUUCACAAUAUGGUUAUACUAGUAUUUCCCAAAUUGUUAAACUUUAGAAGGUUGUGAUAAAGUUUACCCUUGAAUCCUAUCAAAUAUUAUCACAUCCACUUCAACUUGAAUUGGAGGGUUUUAUCAAGAAAGUGUGCAUUUCAUAUUGCAAGUUAUCGUGUACUUCUCCUUAGAUCCACUCAUCAAUUGGUUAUUUAUAGUUAAGGAGUUCUUCCCCUAUUGUCUCCUAUUGUCUCCUUCCCGUUUUGCGUCUCUUUGAAUUAAGAUAUACACAACGCAAUGCCAGAAAAAAGACGGAUAUGACCAUCAAAUCACAAGCUUCCGCCAUGUCGUUAGCAACCAUGAGUGUGGAACGCUCCUUGUUCUGUACUAUUCAAUCAAACCUUGGAAAUCCUGAAGUACAUACAAACUGUUAGAAUGGGGUAACUAGAGGGGCUCUGUUAAGAUGGGGUAACUACAGAGGCUCUGUUAAGAUGGGGUAACUAGAGGGGCUCUGUUGAGAUAGGGGUAACUAGAGGGGCUCUGUUAGGAUGGGGUAACUAGAGGGGCUCUGUUAAUAUGAGGUAACUAGAGGGGCUCUCUUAAGAUGGGGUAACUAGAAGGGCUCUGUUAGGGUGGAGUAACUAGAGAGGCUCUGUUAGGAUGGGGUAACUAGAGGGCCUCUGUUAGGAUGGGGUAACUAGAUGGGCUCUGUUAGGAUGGGGUAACUAGAGGGGUUCUGUCAGGAUGGGGUAACUAGAGGGGCUCUGUUGGGAUAGGGGUAACUAGAGGGGCUCUGUUAAGAUGGGGUAACUAGAGAGGCUCAGUUAGGAUGGGGUAACUAGUGGGACUCUGUUAGGAUGGGGUAACUAGAGGGGUUCUAUCUUGGAAAGUACAUGACAAGCAAUACAGACGGCGCAAAGAACAAAACCCGGUCUCUUCUUUGGGGAGGUUGACUCGCAAUUACAGCUGAUUUACAUAACACCUGGGUUCAGUCUCAAUACAAUCCCUGUCAGCUCCCUCUAAGCCCAAUCUUGGGAAAUGCUACAACUUUAAUUGUUCUUGCGAUAAAUACUCAUGCAUGUUUUAGCACAGCCGUCUACGCUGUAGUGGUUUGCAUUCAGUUUCAAUGCACUUUAUCUUCAAAUAGUGCUCAGUCACAAUGUUCAUUCAAUCAAACGCAUGGUCAGCCAACCUGUACACCUCAAACUGUCAAAGACAAAUCCUUAUCUGUAGGCUGUUCAAAGUCAUGCAAUGUUUUAGAAGAGACAGGGGAUUCACCUAUAGCCACUACUAUUUAUCAUUAUCUUGAUUUCAUGUCGGCUAGAAGGGAUGCCCUGUCUUGUCGGAAACUUAUAACAGUUUUUCAAACUAUUUGUGUUCCCAUUGCAGAGGGCAAAUCGGAAGAUCAACCACUCGCAGGACAUUUUGGGGGUUAUGAAAUAGCUACUAUAAAUAUGCUGAUCCGGAUCUCUGAUUCUAAAUGCAUUGAGCUGCGGCAUGUUUUAUGCCAAAUGGUUACACAACGCAAGACAACACUUCAACAAUCAUUAUCAGUGAUACAUCUUUGCCAGCCAAGGGUGACGAUACACGGUGUUUUAUCACGCUUGGCUAGUGAAGAUGUCAGUGAUAGGGAAAUCGAUGUUUCAGAAUUAAAAUUAUCACGUUAGGAUAACGCAAUCAAAGCGUCAAGACUUGUGCAUGUGGAUCAUUUUCCUAGAAUCAUUUAAUGGAGCAGUGUAUCUUUUGUGAGUGGAUAUCAGACAAUGUUGAUUUAUAGACAGACAGCUAUGAGUCACCAUACUUCGGUCAUGGAGGUUGUUUAGCAAACUAGAAGUGAUAAAUAAAUUAGAUAGCUUACAUAAGGAAUAUGUAUUGGUUCCAGCUGACAAAGCUUGUGUAAUUUGAUUUUUAUAAUUCCAAAACGUGUCUAAAUUUCUUAUCUCUAGCGUAAAUAAUGUUACCUUUACUAUUCAGUUAUUUUCCUGUCCUUAAUUCUUUGAUUUCUUCCUGUUUUUGAAUAUUUCCACUUUUAUUUUGUUUUGAGAAAGCACGUGUAUUUUGAGAGGAAAAGGUCCUCCAUUUUGACAGUUCUCUUGAAGUUAUUUAUAAACAACGUUUCUGAUUGGUCAAGGGUCUCAGCUUUAAACGUUGCAGAUUUCAUGUUUCACUCGUUGGGCGGGGUAUUGUGAAGUCGAGUUUGAUUGGUUAAAGGGGAUAUAAAAACGUGAACGCGGCUCGUUUAACUUUACUUUAGGUUGUGGUAAAGAAUCUCCAGGUUCGACCACUUUUCUUAUUCCCUACUAAUAUUAGCUAGGCAUUGUGCGAGCUUUUGCUGCACGAUUUUCUUGCCUAAAUUUCUAUUACUGUCCCAUUUUGACAAUGAAUUAAAUUCUUUUUGAUAUUGAAACCCAACCUUAAAGUCUGGCUCAAGGUGAAGUAGAUCUCUUACCUAGGGGAAUAUUAUUUAAUUUGUUGAAUACGAUUUUCUCUACAUAGGACUUAUAAUUUAUAGGUAGUAGUUUUAUAUUGCUACAUGAGAAAUAGUGUAGGAUAUUUUUUACGUUAUUUUCAAGGCUCUGAAUCACUUUGAAGAGUAUGGAGGUCCAUUAGUGUACUUUAUAGAUAUAUUUUGUUUUGCUUGGAUCUACUCCUUCCCUUAUUCUCAGGUUAUUUUUCGUUAUUUCCACUUAUUAAGUUUUUCUAAGUUCACAGUUGUUAUUCCUAUAUUACAUUAACUUUUGAUAUGUUAAUAAAUUGUAAAUUAACUCUUA